GGAGUGCAUGCCCUCCUCCUCCUCUCCUCUUGGUUCUUGCAGACAACUCGCACCUGCAGGUUGUUCCUUUGUGUCCAAACCAAGGAAAGGCGGCAGGCUCCUCACAUUCUCCUGCCAUAUCUGCUGCCCGCUGCUCCCCCCUCUCUCUUCAAGCUAGCUUGUAGCUGGCUGCAUGCUCCUCGCGCGAGCCGUGGUGAUGGAGCACAGGAAGAAGUCGAAUUAUCUUGUUGCCCUCGUCUUGGCUUCGCUCUUGCUCUCCGCCAUGGCAGGAGGGCAUCGGAAGAAGCUUCUGAACAAAGACGACGCAUCAGAAUCAAUGGAGACAUUGGAAUCCACGCAGCAGCUGCAGGAAGACGACGAAAUGGCUGUGGUGGUCCACGAGAGAAUUCUCAGGCAGGCGAAGAUGAACGACUACGGGAGCUACGACUCUUCGCCGACCAUGGCUAAGCCUCACUUCAAGGACAUACCUAACUAGCCAGCCCCACUAGCUACUAUAUACAUUGAGGUGUUGCUUGCUAGUCGAGUCGCCCCUCCUCCGUCCUCAUACACAAGCAUACUUGCCUAAUAAAUUCCAUGUAUCAUCACCAUGCAUAUAUGUGAGAAUAUAUGUACUGCCGCUUGAUGUAUAUGUGCACAGUGCACACACUACCUACACAUGUUUAUACACGUGCAUGUUCGUCGUCGUCCAUUUCGAAAUCGAGUAUAUUUGUGUUGUAUAAUUGACUAAUAUGAAAGUUUACUAGUGGUGGACGACCUAAAGUUUUUAUCAAAGGAUGAUAUGAUCCUAAAUUUUGCUGCGGUAAAGUAUAUUUAGCAAUUCGGUAAAUAGUUGUAAUACUUGUUCCUAUUUCACUAUGCAACUACUUUCUGUUCAUAUGUGUAAUAGACUUGGCCUAAAUAAAAAAA